UUCUUGUGCAAAUCGCCAUCGCUGCAGCCUCACCUGAACAAAUUGUUAGCGUUACGGUUGUUAAGGUUACUUGUCGCAACAUCGUCAUGAUUUAACAAAUUCGCGUAGUGGCUUGGUCACAGUUACAGCACAGUUGACCAUUGGUGAGGACCCAUUUUCAUCUCCCAGCGAUCUACAUGUGAAAAGGACUGCCAACUCGUCAUCAGCAUGGACCCCAUGUACAUGGCCUACAGCCUGUUUCGUCGGAGGAAAUUUGAAGAUUGCAUCAACAUUUGCACCCAGUUGCUGGAGAAGAAUCCCUACGACCAGGCAGCAUGGUCAUUGAAGAUGAGAGCCUUGACGGAGCAGGUGUAUGUUGACGAGGUUGAGGUAGAUGAAGAAGGCAUUGCCGAGAUGCUGAUGGACGACAACACCAUUGCCCAAGUCACACGGCCGGGCACCUCUCUGAAGAAACCAGGUACGGGUCAGGGAGCCCCCAGCGCCGGGGUACGCCCCCUCUCCCAGUCUGGCCGGCCCCUGAGCGGCUUCGUCCGGCCGGGCACCCAGUCUGGUCGGCCGGGGACCAUGGAACAAGCCAUUCGCACCCCUCGGACAGCUCACACCGCCCGGCCUGUCACCAGCGCUUCGGGCAGAUAUGUCAGGCUGGGAACUGCCUCCAUGCUUUCCACCCCUGACGGUCCCUUCAUUAACCUGGCAAGGCUGAACUUCAGCAAGUACGCAGCCAGACCCAACCUGGCCAAGCCCCUGUUCGAGUACAUCUUCCAUCACGAGAACGACGUCCGCAACGCUCUGGAGCUGGCAGCUCUAGCCACGGAGGCAUGUGGCUUCAAAGACUGGUGGUGGAAAGUUCAGCUGGGGAAAUGCUACUACAGGCUAGGACUGUACCGCGACGCAGAGCGGCAGUUCAAAUCGGCCCUGAAGCAGCAGGAGAUGGUAGACACCUACCUGUACCUUUGCAAGGUCUACGUGCGUCUGGACCAGCCGCUGACCGCCAUCGAAAUCUUCAAGCACGGACUGGAGAAGCACCCAGGGGAGACGACUCUCCUAACGGGCAUAGCUAGGAUAUACGAGGGCCUGAAUGACAUGACCAAUGCCGUCAAGUUCUAUAAGCUGGUCUUACAACACGACAACACCCACGUAGAGGCCAUAGCCUGCAUUGCUAACCACCACUUCUACACGGACCAACCAGAGAUAGCACUGCGUUACUACAGGCGUCUACUGCAGAUGGGCGUGUACAAUGCGGAGUUGUUCAACAACCUGGGCUUGUGCUGCUUCUACGCCCAGCAGUACGACAUGACACUGAGCACGUUUGAGCGUGCCCUGUCACUGUCCAACAACGACCUAGUGACGGCCGACAUUUGGUACAACAUAGGACAGGUUGCCGUGGGAAUUGGGGACACCGGCCUGGCCCUUCAGAGUUUCCGGCUGGCUUUGGUAUCUAACAACGACCAUGCUGAGGCCUACAAUAACCUGGGCGUCUUAGAGCUUAGGAAGGGUCAUCUAGAUCAGGCACGAGCAUUUUUCCAGGCGGCAGAGUCGUUAGCACCACACAUGUUUGAGCCACAUUACAACUUUGCUACCCUCUCAGAUCAGGUUGGGGACUUGCAGAGUAGCUACAAUGCCACCAAGAAGGCCAUCGAGGCUUACCCCGAUCACUGCGACUCUAAGGAGCUCCUGGAACAGCUCAAGAAACACUUCUCCAUCCUCUAAAUCUGACCCCCGAAGCUUCUCCACCGUAGUACUGAGAACGACAGUCCCAAAGAGGACUGGCCAGUCAAGGCAUGCCGUAAAGACGCUGGGAUGCACAAACAUGCGUAUUCCUUGUGUGGACAUGGAAGCAAAAGAUGUCCACACAACGCAGGCAGUGAAGACUUUGUGUAGACUGGUCCAAGUCCACACAUCAUUUCUCUGCUCUAUGAAAAACAGAUUCAGAGGCCUUUUGGGCUUAGGGUUAGCAUAGCAAAAGGAAGAUAAAGAGUCCAGGAAACCAUCAACAAAAAUCCAGUGUAUGGCAAAGAAAUGUCUACUUGUGAUGCUCACGUAGUCUUGGUCGUAGUGGGCUACACUCUGGAAUUCGUUGGGAGUCAAAGUUCACAUUCAAAAAAGGGGGGAGAGAGGUGGUGGAGCAACGGAAUAUUGAAAAGUUGGUCCCCCGGAAUUCAACCCAAAGCCUGCUGAAAUCACUCUGACACCCGCCUGUGAUUAUGCUCAUGUCCAACACCCGGCAGAGGACAUCACUUAAGCCUGAUUUCAUCUCAACAAACCAGGUUGUUUUCUUUCCAGUCGUCACUGGAGAGUAAUUUUCUUCACCUUGGAGAGAGUCAUGUUUUUUUUGGUGGUGCGAGCACAUGGCACUUGCACACAGACUCUGUGUGCAUUGAUUAAGGCCUCAUUACUUUGCUCAUGGCUGAGCACACUUAUGAGAAGUUUUUAUGAAAGUCAUCGGCUGUCACCAGCACCCUUAAGGGCAGUGGGGCAAGCUUAGCGCGUGAUCCAAUAAUUCUCAUGGCAUAGGAAUGGUGGGGGGGGGGGGAAUUCAGUCAUUUAGACUCUCACUCAAGCCACUGUGAAGUUAUGUUAAGUCACCAGUAGAGAUUGCCAUCUUUUGCCUGUUUGCCAUAACCUAGAGCAGGCGUCUUUGUUGAAACAUACGCAAGUGCUUGUUCAUGUACACAAAUCCGAGUCAUCAGUCACAAGUCCCCAUUCAAGUCUCCAUUCAAGCAAAGAUGGCCGCUAGAUGUUUCAGAUUCCUUUAUUCACAUUUUGUUCCCCCGUUCCCAAGAGCCUUUUAGAUGCAAGCUGUCCAUACCGGGCUUGUAAUUGUCUAGCUGCUGCAUCUGUGUUGUGUGUCCAUCCAACAUGACAUGUAGAAUUCCCCAGGGAGUUGAUUUUGUUUCUUAAUAAAACAUUUGUGAUGAGCUGGGGUGGCAAUCAUUUUGGCUUACCUUCGUAAGCUUUAUGCAUUCGCAAAUGGGGGUAGCUAUGUAGGACACAGGAAAUAUUUUGCCGUCAAACUUUUCAGAUAUAUGUGUUGGUUGCAUUUACAAUUACCAUUUACAUCUUGUAACCACAACGUGGAAGAAGUGUUAUCAAACUCAGCAAAUAGUCUAGAGAGCCUAACCUUAAUGACACUACUUGCGUCAAUAGUAGGUCUUUGAAAUUGAGAGAGUUUACCACCUUGAAUGUUUUGAGUGUUUCAUUAAAGAGGAGGCAUCCGUAUGUCUCCUUAACUUGGUUUUUUUGGGGGGGGCAUUACUCAUGUGCCACUUGACCUUAUACUGUACAUAUUUUAUUUCUAAUGUCUUUACAUAAGGUGUAUACAUGUUUCAUAGAUUAUUCACAAAAUGUGUCUGCAUUAAAAGUGGUAAAGUGUGAAGUUUGUUGUGGAAUGAAA